UCCGCCUUUGCUCAAUUCUAUCUCUCGCCCCGCUGCUCUCCCCCCCACCCCCCCCUACCCCCGCCCCCCGCGCCUUUCUUUUUCUUUCUUCCUCUCUCUAGAAUCUCAGAGCUUCCGUUGGCCAUUGUGAAUAAGCUCUGGUCUUCGUUGCAGGGUUGGAGUGUGAGGACAGGAGUUUUGGAGUGGGAAAUGGCCGGGAUUUCUAGUGAAGAGUCCGGUGCAGGAAGGUCUACGGAGGGGAUUUCAAGUGGGCAGCGUUGUCUCUCUGGGGAAGCCUUAGCAGAAUGGCGGUCCUCUGAGCAGGUGGAAAAUGGAACCCCAUCUACUUCGCCCCCUUAUUGGGACUCUGAUGACGACGAUGAUGGUGGGCCAAAGCCGUCUGAAUUAUAUGGAAAGUUCACGUGGAAGAUAGAGAAAUUUUCUCAAAUUAACAAAAGGGAACUUCGCAGUAAUGCUUUUGAGGUUGGCGGCUACAAGUGGUACAUCUUGAUCUAUCCCCAGGGUUGUGAUGUUUGCAAUCAUCUCUCUUUGUUUCUUUGUGUAGCUAAUCAUGACAAACUUCUUCCAGGUUGGAGCCAUUUUGCUCAGUUUACUAUAGCUGUGGUAAAUAAAGAUCCUAAGAAAUCGAAAUAUUCUGAUACAUUACAUCGCUUUUGGAAGAAAGAGCAUGACUGGGGAUGGAAAAAAUUCAUGGAGCAGUCAAAAGUAUUAGAUGGGUUUAUUGAUGCUGACACUCUUAUAAUAAAGGCGCAAGUCCAAGUCAUCAGGGAGAAAGCAGACCGGCCCUUUCGCUGCCUUGAUUGUCAAUAUAGGAGAGAGCUUGUUAGGGUAUACUUGACAAAUGUAGAGCAAAUUUGCCGUCGUUUUGUCGAAGAGAGAAGAAGCAAACUCGGAAAAUUGAUAGAGGAUAAAGCUAGAUGGUCAAGCUUCUGCUCCUUCUGGGUGGGAAUUGAACAAAAUGCCAGGCGCCGUAUGUCCAGGGAGAAGAUGGAUGCAGUCCUGAAAGUAGUCGUUAAGCACUUUUUUAUUGAGAAAGAAGUCACAUCUACAUUGGUAAUGGACUCAUUGUAUAGUGGUUUAAAGGCUCUUGAAGGUCAAACCAAGUCCAAGAAAAGUAAGGUGAAACUAUUGGAUGCUGAAGAAAUGCCCGCACCAAUUGUUCAUGUAGAGAAAGAUAUGUUUGUAUUGGUGGAUGAUGUUCUGAUGCUACUUGAGAGGGCUGCCUUGGAACCAUUACCUCCAAAAGAUGAGAAGGGUCCUCAAAAUCGUACAAAAGAUGGAAAUUCUGGAGAGGACUUCAACAAAGAUUCUGUUGAGCGGGAUGAAAGACGUCUUACGGAAUUGGGUCGUAGGACUGUAGAAAUAUUUGUCCUUGCUCAUAUUUUCAGCAAUAAAAUUGAAGUUGCCUAUCAUGAAUCUGUUGCAUUGAAGAGGCAAGAGGAACUCAUCCGUGAGGAAGAAGCAGCAUGGCAGGCUGAAAGUGAGCAGAAGGCAAAGCGAGGAGCUACUGAAAAGGAAAAGAAGUCCAAGAAAAAACAGGCUAAACAGAGAAAGAACAACCGGAAGGGUAAGGACAAAGGGAGGGAGGAAAGGCCCGAUGUAGAAGCACAAGAGAAACAAGAAGAAGAUGCGGUCAAUACACCCAAAACCACACCUGUAACCCAAAUCAAUUUAAGAGGUUUUUUAAAGCCGCCACCUACUGAAGAAAUGAUAGACUACACACCGGAUGAAGAAGAACCUGUACUCGAAAAGCUGGAUACAGUGGAAGAUGUAUCUGACAUGUCUGAUUCAGUGGAUGGUGUUGCUGAAGCACCUCCGCUUGAUUCUGAAGACAGAGAUGCUAGUCCAAUAAAUUGGGAUACUGACACAUCAGAAGUCCAUCCUCCCACAGAAGCCAGUAGCAGUGGUAUUAGUGGACUGUCAUCUGUGCAAAAUGGGGUAUCUGAAAGAAAGAGCCCAUCUAUGAUGGACGAUAGUUCCUCAACUUGUUCUACAGAUUCUGUCCCAUCAGUGGUAAUGAAUGGGCCAUAUAAGGGGAACUCAUUUUCUAGCUACAAAAACCAGAAAUCACCUAGCAGGGGGAAACACCAACGCACUAAGGCAACAAGUGAUGGGAAUAGUUGGCCAAAUGAGACGGAUAGUCAGCCUUCUGCGCCUGUAGCGGAUGCAGGUUAUCAGAAUGAUGUUUCUAGAAGUAGUAGUAAGGCGGGUGAAUCUGAGUCAGAGCCUGCUGCUCACUCAUUGCAGGAUCGGAAUAAAUGGCUGGAGCAGCAUGUUGUUAAGGAGGAAGAAGUUGUAUCCCUGCAGAAAAAAUUGAGUAUCAAAGAUGAGGUUGAUCUAGAAAGGCCUUUGAAAGACAAGACACCAGCAGUAACAUCCUCUCCUGGAAGCCCUCCUAAAGAUGUGCCCCUGAAUGGUCAGCCGAAGUCAGAGAGCCAGAGUAGUCCGGUUGUAGAAUCUAGUCCACUCAGAAAAGGAUCCUCCAGUGGAGCUCAACAGACUGAGAGAGUGGUACCUUUGACAACUUCACCGCAGAAUAAUGGCAUGUCCAAACCUCAAAAUCAGAAUGCUACAACUCCAACGCCAGCUGAAAAAGCCAUGGCACAUCAAAUGCCUGUGAUGUCUAGGCCUUCCAGUGCUCCUCUUGUUCCUGGUCUGAGGCCUACUUCUACUGUUGUGCCUACAGUUCAAGCUCAAACUGCUCCUCAGCUUGCCCGUUCAGUAAGUGCAGCUGGCCGGUUGGGUCCUGACCCAUCACCAGCAACUCAUAGUUAUGCUCCCCAGUCCUAUAGAAACGCCAUACUGGGUAACCAUGUUGCUUCAGGUUCAACUGGUCUCACACAUACUAACUCUCCAAGUUCAGGCGUGAGCCCAUCCCCAGUAUACUCUCACUCGCUGGCCUUGGUAUCUGCCCCAAUGUUCUUACCUAAGAGCUCUGAAAUGAUGGACCCAAGCACACUUAAGUCAGGCUUCCCAUUUGGAAUGGUAACUCGGGAUGUGUUGCAUAAUGGACCCCAGUGGAUGGAUAGUUCUCAAAGGGAAUCGAGCAAAGGCAUGAACUAUGAUCCUUCCUCCCUACUUAAUGUUCAAAAUUUUGACUACUUCCAUCCUUUACAAGGUUGGCAAAGGGAACACUUGGCCACUGAGUUCCCAGCCUGUACAUCCGGGCGCCAUACCCAAGGUGUAUCGGCUGAUGAGUUCCCACACCUUGACAUCAUCAAUGAUCUGCUUGAUGAUGAACAUGGCUUUGGUGCAGCUAGAGGAAGCCCUGUAUUCCACUCCUUGGGUAACGGGCCAGGCCACUUAAGUCGGCAAUUUUCUUACCCUGGUGAUUUGGGCAUAUCUAACGACAUGGGUUCUGCAACCAGCUCUUGUAGGUUUGAGAGAACACGGAGUUACCAAGAUGACGGGUUCCAGAGGGGCUACACAUUAGGGGGCCACUUCGAACCACUUAGGGAAUUUACUCCGCAAGCUGGUCCGCUGCCUUAUGUGAAUGGGCAGAUUGAUGGGUUAGUUCCUAACCAGUGGGCAAUGGCUGGUUCUGAUCUAUCGCAGCUUGGCAUGAGGAACACAGAACCUGAUGGUUACCCAUACUACAAUCCAGAAUAUUCGAAUAUGGCAUGUGGGGUGAAUGGUUACACUGUAUUCCGGCCUGCUAACGGUCAGUGAAGAGAAUGAACGUACGACGGAGCCUGCCCACAAAUUAGCGGGUCACUGUCCGUUGUAAUAAUGUAUUCGAGGAAAUUGCUGGGUCAUUACAUUUGGAGUGAGGGUGUAAUCUUUUUCAUAAGAAAACAUUUGUAAAGUGUUUCUUCUACCCUUUUCUUAAGCUAGAAAUGAAGGUUUGAUUUAUCC